UUCCAUCCAAGCAUCAAAAUUGACUAAUGAAAAUUUAAAUUUGAAUUCACCGGUGCCACUUAUUAAUGAACAAACAUCUGAUAGUAUUAGUAUUAAUAAUGAACAAUCAUCAAAUAGUGUUAUUGAUAUAUCUGAAUCUUUUUUACCAAUUCCAAUACCAGAAUUUGGAAAGAAGAUAAUGAUUGUUGAAAAACAGCGCAAUACAUAUUCCAAAUGUAGUGGAUGUCCAUGGGUUAUAAAUGCUACAUACCCAAAGAAAACUGGUAUUAUUAGUAUUACCUCCCUGUAUUUAGAACAUGAAGACCAUCCUUUAGAUCCUCUUACCAAAAAAUUUGGUCUUACUCAUCGAACAUUAACAGAGCCAAUGUUGGCUGAUAUAGAAUUCUGGACAACAAACGGGAAUCUUAAUCUAUCAAAUGCUAUUCAAAGAGUUAAAGCUGAACAAAAUAUUAAUUAUCCAGCAACAAACUCUUUAGUAUCACUAUUUUGGAUGAUGCCAAAACAAUAUGAACUUUACUUACAAUAUAGUGACAUUAUACAAUAUGAUAAUACUUACUCUACCAAUAAAUUUAAAAUGGCACUUGGGCUUUUUGUUAUCGUUAAUAAUAAUAAUUGGUCUCGAUUAAUUGGGCAAAUGUUAAUGAAUAAUGAAACAUUAGAGAGCUUAGAAUGGGUAUUUGACUCUCUUAUUAAAGGAACCGAUGUUUUUCCCUCAGUUAUUAUUGAUGCUGCAAUCACAAAUAUAAUGCCUAAUACCUACCAUAUACAUUGUAUAUACCAUAUCGAACAGAAUUUAUUAAAGAAUCUAAAGUCUAAAUUGGAAUCGGAAUAUAAUGACUUCAUUAAAGCUUGGUACAAAAUAAGAAAUACUAUAUCUCAAACUGAAUUUGACUAUUUAUGGGACUCUUUACUUGAACAAUACCCAGCCUUAGCGUCAUAUCUUAAUAGAUCACUUGGCUCCCAAAAAUAUAGAUAG